CUUUUGACACUAGUGUGUUAAGAUGGGUGAUGAACUCCUCGGGCUGUCGUGUUUUGAAGAGACACAGAUGCUUUUGGUGGUUACAGGACGGAGCACAGGUAGCAGCCCUGGUUCCUGUCACCCAUGUAUGCGGAGGAAAUGGCCAGUGUCCUCAGACUAUACUGCAGUGCCUAUACCAACUAAUGUUACAAUUGAGUCCUAUAACAUGAACACCAUCGUAUAUUGGGAGUACCAGAACAUGCCACAGGACCCUGUUUUUACCGUAGAGGUAAAGAACUAUGGUGUUAAGAAUGCAGAAUGGAUUGAUGCCUGCAUCAGUAUUUCUCAUCAUUAUUGUAAUAUUUCUGAUCACGUUGGUGAUCCAUCAAAUUCUCUUUGGGUCAGAGUUAAAGCCAGGGUUGGACAAAAAGAAUCUGCCUAUGCAAAGUCAAAAGAAUUUGCUGUGUGCCGAGAUGGAAAAAUUGGACCACCUAAACUGGAUAUCAGAAAGGAGGAGAAGCAAAUCAUCAUUGACGUAUUUCACCCUUCAGUUUUUGUAAAUGGAGAAGAGCAGGAAGUCGAUUAUGAUCCAGAAACUACCUGUUACAUUAAGGUGUACAAUGUGUAUGUGAGAAUGAACGGAAGUGAGAUCCAGUAUAAAAUACUGACGCAGAAGGAAGAUGAUUGUGACGAGAUUCAGUGCCAGUUAGUGAUUCCAGUGUCCUCACUGAAUUCUCAGUACUGUGUUUCAGCAGAAGGAGUCUUACAUGUAUGGGGUGUUACAACUGAAAAGUCAAAAGAAGUUUGUAUUACCAUUUUCAAUAGCAGCAUAAAAGGUUCUCUUUGGAUUCCAGUUGUUGCUGCUUUACUACUCUUUCUAGUACUUAGCCUGGUAUUGAUCUGUUUUUAUAUUAAGAAGAUUAAUCCAUUGAAGGAAAAAAGCAUAAUAUUACCCAAGUCCUUGAUCUCUGUGGUAAGAAGUGCUACUUUAGAGACAAAACCUGAAUCAAAAUAUGUAUCACUCAUCACAUCAUACCAGCCAUGUUCCUUAGAAAAGGAGGUGGUCUGUGAAGAACCGUUGUCUCCAGCAACAGUUCCAGGCAUGCAUACCGAAGACAAUCCAGGAAAAGUAGAGCAUACAGAAGAACUUUCUAGUAUAACAGAAGUGGUGACUACUGAAGAAAACAUUCCUGACAUGGCCCCCGGCAGCCAUCUGACUCCAAUAGAGAGAGAGAGUUCUUCACCUUUAAGUAGUAACCAGUCUGAACCCUGCAGCGUCGCUUUAAACUCCUAUCACUCCAGAAAUUGUUCUGAUAGUGAUCACUCCAGAAAUGGUUUUGAUACUGAUUCCAGCUGUCUGGAAUCACAUAACUCAUCUGAUUCAGAAUUUCCCCCAAAUAAUAAAGGUGAAAUAAAAACAGAAGGACAAGAGCUCAUAACAGUAAUAAAAGCCCCCACCUCCUUUGGUUAUGAUAAACCGCAUGUGCUGGUGGAUCUACUUGUGGAUGAUGGCCGUAAAGAGUCCUUGAUUGGUUACAGACCAACAGAAGGUUCCAAAGAACUUUCAUGAGAUCAGCUAAGAUGCACCAACUCUGAAGUCUCAUUUUCCUGGACAGUUUUCUGCUUUAAUUUCAUGAAAAGAUUAUGAUCUCAGAAAUUGUAUCUUAGCUGGUAUCAACCAAAGGGAGUGACUUAGUUUAGAUAAAAGUGUAAAGAGGAUGUGUGGCAUUUUCAAUUUUGGCCUGAAAACUACAAAGACUGUUUUUUUUUUUAAACAAAAAAAAGUAAUUUAUGACCCUUUACAUCCAGAUAGGUUAGCAGUAACAAGGAACAGUAUCCAGUACUCCUUAUUCCUAGGUGAGCAGGUGAUGCCCCAGGGACCUUUGUAGCCACUUCACUUUUUUUCUUUUCUCUGCCUUGAUAUAGCAUAUGUUUUUGUAAGUUUUAUGCAUACAGUAAUUUUAAGUGGUUAAUUUCAGAAGAAAUUCUGCAAGCUUUUCAAAAUUGGACUUAAAAUCUAAUUCAAACUAAUAGAAUUAAUGGAAUAUGUAAAUAGAAACAUGUAUAUAUUUUUUAUGAAACAUUACAGUUAGAGAUUUUUAAAUAAAGAGUUUUAAAACUCGU